AUGUCCAAUAAAGAACAAUUAUUCGUUAUAACCUCGAAUAAUUCAGACAUUAAAUUGUCUCUAGACUACGAGUAUGAACUCGAUCGCAAUAAACAGUACGAACUGGGAUUAAAGCGUUUCUCCGUUUACAAUUCCAUUAGAAAUAUCAACAAAAACAACAAUCAACUAAAAAUAUCGACGGAUAACGGAGUUACGUUCAAAGCGAAUACGUAUUACGACGAUUACCUAUCCGAAUACGCAGGAAGCGUGAGCGGUAAAAACAAUUUCGAAUUCGAAGUGACGAAAGUUCCUCUUCCAGACUAUCAACAUUCAGAGUCAUUGGUAUCGAAAUUCAAUCUGAAAAUAGAGAUUUUAGGCAAUCCACAAAAAAGCAAUAUUUUGAAAGCACAUUAUCAUUGUCAAAAUUGUAUGAAUUGUUUACAGAUUUCUGUAUCCAGAAAGAUCUUGAACCCGUUAAGGAGCAUAUGUAUAGGAACAUAUUUAACUUCGAAACCAAAAAAAGAUCGAUGUGAUCGGUGUGAGGAAUUCAGAAAUAUCAAUAACCCCGAUACAGAAGCCAGUGAAAAGUAUAACAAUCACUUUCAAAGUAAAGUAGAAACAAAAGAAGAGAGGGCUAGGGAUACAGAUACUACAGCUGUCGUUUGUUUUGACCUUGAGAAUGUGCUCGCUUUGCCUAGAGCUAAUGUGUCCAGUUUUUUCUAUAAAAGGAAGCUCUCUGUUUAUAAUCUCACAGCUCAUUGCUCUCUUGAUAAAAGGGGGUAUUGCGCUAUUUGGAGUGAGGGUUUAUCUGGUCGAGCAGGCAAUGAUAUUGCAUCUUCCCUUGUUAAACUACUUGAGUGCGUAGUAAAUCGUCACCCUAAUGUUACAGAUAUUAUCCAGUGGUCUGAUUCCUGUGUCGCCCAAAACAGAAAUUCAUUGAUGUGCGUAGCACUAAAGGAAUUUAUCAGAGCUCAUCCUUCAAUCAAGUCAACUACACAAAAAUUCUGUGAACCUGGUCAUAGUUCUAUUCAGGAGGUAGAUGCAGUACAUAGUCAAAUAGAGCGCACACUAAGCAAAUGUGAGGUAUAUAGUCCUGUAAGUUUAAUGAGAAUAUUGCCGUCUGUAAAUCGAAAAAAAUUAAUUGUAUUACAAAUGAAAGCCAAUGACUUUUUCGAUUACCAGGCGGUCAGUAAAGUUUAUCGAUUUGCUGAAAUACCAUUUACUAAAGUAAAGCAGUUAUGUUUUCAGUCAGACAGACAUAUUCAUGUUCUUUACAAAACUAAACAUGCAAGUGAAUUUACUGAAGUCCGACUAUUGACUUGUCACCCGGAUAGAAAUGCAGGUAGUAAGGUAGUAUUACCUAUUAUUUUGCCUCAGGUAAAGGUCAUUCCCCUCUCAGAGGCAUCUUUGUUAUCUGCUGAUAAGAUAAACGAUUUAAAAUCAAUGUUGAAGUUUAUGCCCGAUGUUGACAAGCAGUACGUGAAAUCAGUUUGCAAAUUGUAA